UAAUUCCACUCACUCAUCACUUAAUUUGCUAGCUAGUAGCUUAUUUGUAGUCGAUUGAGGUUUGCCAAUUGUCCAUGUCUGCUUGUCCUCUUCCUCCACCCUCUAUAUAUAUCCCAAGUGGCCACUACAGAGCCUCCAUUAUUAAUCAUAGCUAACAAGUAUAUCCUCUCUUCUUCUUCUUCCUCCUCACAACUCACAAUAUUUCAGAGUAGUAUACCUUUCUUGCUAGCUAGCUAGCUUGUUCAUCGAUCUUGUUUUGAGGUGUUGAGAUAGCUAGGAUGGUGGUGAAGAAGGCGGCGACGAUGGCGGAGGCGGAAGCGGAGGAGGAGAUGAUGAUGAGGAUGAUGUGUGGUUCAGGAGGCAACGAGAUGAUGAAGACGAAGAUGAAGAAGAAGAAUAGAGAAGGGGAAGAAGAAGAAGAAGUAAGUGGAGGAGGUAGGAUGAGGAAGGGGCCAUGGACGGAGCAGGAGGACGUCCAACUGGUUUGAAGCGCACAGGCAAGAGCUGCCGUCUCCGGUGGGUGAACUACCUCCACCCCGGCCUCAAGCGCGGCCGCAUCACCGCCGACGAGGAGCGCCUCAUCCUCCACCUCCACUCCCAGUGGGGCAGCCGCUGGUCCCGCAUCGCCCGCAGCCUCCCCGGCCGCACCGACAACGAGAUCAAGAACUUCUGGCGAACCCACAUGCGCAAGAUCGCCCACCACGCCAAGAAGAAGACCAAUUCACCAUCGCCGGCGCCGACGACCUCCUCCGGUUCCUUGUCCUCCUCGCUCACCACGGCGACGACGACGAUGGCGACGGCUGCGGCGCUGCAAGAAAGCAGCAGCUGCGGCGGCGACGACGAGGCCGUCGACCAGCUGGUGGCGGCGGCCACCACGCCGGCGAGCCAGCUGCUGACGAUGGACUACACCAUGGACCAGCUCUGGAACGACAUCGCGGCGGCGGAAGCCGAUACGAGCUGCUACGACGCGGCGGCGAUGGCCUCGCCGCCGUCGCCGGUCUGGGAAUUCUGCACCGACUACUCGCUGUGGAGGAUCGACGACGAGGAGUACUACAAGAAGAUGCUCGAUGCCUCGCAAUAGUACUACUCAAAUUGCAAACAAGCAACGCCUUAAUUCAAUUGCUGCUCUUAGCUUAAUUAGCUGACGAUCGAUCGACGACGACUCUCAUCAUCUGAUGAACGAACUGCGAAAUCUAUAUUUGCACUGCAUAUCCUUGCAUCUGUCUACUGUAAUUACACCUGAUGAUGCACGUAUUAUGCAUUGCUUGUCAGACAACUCUGCUUUAUAUAUAUCUAGCUAUAGCUUGAUCAAUCAGCAUGCCUAGCUUGUGUACAUGUAGGGGAGAGAGUAUUAGUAGUUAAGACUGAUGGGAUCAAGUGCUAUAUGUAUAUUGCUUUAAUUUCAUGGUAUAUGUACUAUGAUUGUACUAUGUGUCAUAUAUUCAGUGUAAGCAGUGGUUUGCAAUUAACCUGUUCUACCUCGUAAAAA